AGAUUCUUUUCAAAGAAGUGGUUGACAAAGUAGGAUAUUCGAUUGAGAACUAAGCCAAGACAAAGAAGGUAUAAUCCAAAUACAACUCUCUUAAGCGGUUUCCUUAUAAAAUUAGUUUUAUAAUCUUAAUUUUCCUUUAACGAAUUAGCAAGAAGUUUUAAGAAAUUAAAUACACAUUCGCGAAAAAAUUAAAUAAAUGCGAAUUAACAAUCGAAUAAGUAAACCUUAAAGUUGUGAUUUUUGAUAAUGAACUUGAACUUUUUAAUUUUUAUCCUGUCAAUCUAGUUCAAGAAUUCUUAUACUUUUGUUUUGUAAUUGUACGUAUAAGAUAAUGAAAAACUAAACAUUGGAAGGAAUAGGAAUUCUUACAGUUAUCAGAGUCAUCUAGUGUAUACAAAAGUUGAUAUUACAGGUAUUUUCUUCCCCGAUAGAUGUCAGAAUAGACUGGUUUUUCCAACAUUCUAUUUUCGCAUUGAGUCUACUUCUAGAACAUUCUGAAAAUGGCGACUGGAGAGUCCAGUGGUGUCGUUAUUGAGGAACUUCCUCCCGAACCAGUUAAACCUGCUGUAAAGCACCAGUUUUACGAAACCGAAACCCAUGUCGUUGUUUCGCUGUUUAUAAAGGGGACAAAGCGGGAGGAAGUUUUAACAAACUUCACCGAGAAUUCUAUGACCGUUGAUUGGAAUGAUCUUCAUUGGGAAGUCAAGUUAAAACAUGAAGUUGUUCCUGAUCAAUACGUGCUCAAAUGCCUAUCAACUAAGAUAGAAAUCAAAGCGAAGAAAUUAUCUGGCGCUCAUUGGGGAAAACUGGAAAGAGAGGAAGAAAAACUUGAUGUCCAUAAAUACCCAUCAUCUUCUCAUUAUACUAGGUCUAACGAUCAUUGGGACAAAUUAACCAAUGAAGUGAAGAAGGAGGAAGAAGAAGAAAAGUUGGACGGUGACCAAGCACUGAACAAAGUUUUCCAAAAAAUAUAUUCGGAUGGCACAGAUGAAGUGAAAAAAGCUAUGAUGAAAUCAUUCCAGGAAUCAGGAGGAACAGUUUUGUCCACUAACUGGAAGGAAAUUGGUAAAGAGAAAACCGAAGUUAAACCACCAGAUGGAAUGGAGUGGAAAACAUGGCAACAGUAA